CUGAGCUUUAGGGUUUCCAUUGAUCUGAUCAACAAAAUCAGCUUCAAUGUCCGGUGGAAAUUCCAAUUGCACCGUCUACAUAGGGAACGUAGACGAGAGAGUAAGCGAUAGGGUUUUGUAUGAUAUAAUGAUUCAAGCUGGUAGAGUAAUCGAUCUACACAUACCUCGUGAUAAAGAAACUGAUAAACCCAAAGGCUUUGCUUUCGCUGAGUACGAGACUGAAGAAAUCGCCGAUUACGCUGUUAAGCUUUUCUCUGGUCUUGUUUCUCUCUACAGUCGAACUUUGAAGUUUGCUAUAUCUGGACAGGAUAAGUUACAGUCGAACUCUGCGAAUUCGGGUCAUAGAAUGAGGCCUCAGCCUUUGGCUUUCGAGCAUUCGGAUAGAGGUGUUUAUCAUCAUCAUUCGGAGAGGUUUUCGUCGUCAUUGAUUUCUCCGCCUUCGCCUCUGCCUUUGGAUUACACACAAGAACCACCUCCACCAGGAGUAUCAAAUGGAGCCAGUUUGGAGUAUAGUAGAAGGGCUCUUGGUUCAGCGCUAGACAGUACCAACCAUUCAAGACCACGUCGCUACUGAACUAGUGAUAACACACUCUCUUUUCUUUUUGUUAGAAUGUGAUUGUAAUGAUCCAAGGAAUGAGAAACACAUGAAACUGGAAGAUUUGUAUAACUGAUGUAACCUUUCUCUUGUUAUAAAGACAGAUAUUUCUGUGAA